UUUAUCACCGCCUGCUGCUAAAAUGCGCUUUGAGGAACACAAUACACCCCCCCUAUUUCGCGCUAAAAAAAUGCCCCCCGACUGAAAUCGUCCAGUGAACAAACGGGAGCUUCACCCGUGCGCAUUGUCCCCCCGUGUCACGUUAACACACCAACACGCUAAGAUGCUACCUUGCGCCGGGAUGAGAAAAUGCCUCUUAACCUACACAAACCUCCAACUCCCCUUCUCCUCCCUUCUCUCUUUCUCCUCCUCUCCAGUUUGGUGGUUUUGCUUAGGGCAAAAUCGAAGAAAAUCGCUUGCUUUUAACCAGGUUCUGUUUUUUUAACUUACAUUUUAUCUUACCUUUGCUUGUUUUUCCAAGUUAAUGUAGCUUAAUCACUACACAACACAAAACCCAUUUAACGAUUUCACCAAGUUAGAAUCUUUGGACUAGGGUUUUCAAAUGGGCUCUGUAGCUUGAAUGACAGUGAAAGCUACAAACUUGAGCAUGAUAUGGUGUGGUCAUGGUGAUUUUGAUGUGCUGUUGUAAUCGGUGUUAAUGUGAAAAUUUGUUGAAAUGGGUAAUGUGGAAAUACCCAAAUGGCUAAAAGGGUUGCCUUUGGCACCCGAGUUUAGGCCAACUGAUACUGAAUUUGCAGACCCAGUUGCAUAUAUAUCGAGAAUUGAGAAGGAAGCUAGUGCUUUUGGGAUUUGUAAGAUCAUACCCCCAUUGCCUAAGCCUUCGAAAAGAUAUGUUUUUAGUAACUUGAAUAGGUCGCUUUCUAAGUGUCCGGAGUUGGGUGAUGAUGUGGACUUGUCGAAUGUUUGUUCCUCAUCAAACUGUGGUUUAAGGGAUGGUGGUAAUGAUGGGGAGAAUAGGGCGGUGUUUACAACUAGGCAGCAGGAGUUAGGGCAGAGUGUGAAGAAAGCAAAAGGGAUGGUUAAGGAGAAUCUGCAAUCAGGUGUUCAUAAGCAAGUGUGGCAAAGUGGGGAGGCUUACACAUUGGAACAGUUUGAGUCAAAGUCUAAGGCUUUUGCAAGGAGUUUGUUAGGUAUGCUUAAGGAGGUUAAUCCAUUGGUUAUAGAGGCAUUGUUUUGGAAGGCAGCUUCUGAGAAGCCUAUCUACGUGGAAUAUGCAAAUGAUGUGCCUGGUUCGGGAUUUGGGGAACCAGAAAGCCACUCUAGGUACUUUCCUAGACGGAGGAGGAAGAGGGCAUCAUAUCAGUCUUAUCGCAGGAGUAGAGAAAGCCCUGUUUGCAGUACAAAUGAUAUGGAUGAUGUAAAGAAUUCCCAUAAUGAUGAGGUUAAAGGUGUUUCCAUUAAGAAUGUGCCAAGCUUGUGUUUGGAGACGACACCCAGGUCAUCUAUGGCAUCUUUGACUUCAUUCGCAGAGGAUAAUCUGAGGUCUUCUAAGCAAAAAUGUGUAACUUCAACUAGCAAUAUGGAAGGUACUGCAGGUUGGAAACUUUCAAAUAGCCCUUGGAAUCUGCAGGUGAUUGCGCGCUCACCUGGCUCUCUUACACGAUUUAUGCCAGAUGAUAUCCCAGGUGUUACUUCACCUAUGGUCUACAUUGGUAUGUUGUUUAGUUGGUUUGCUUGGCAUGUUGAGGAUCAUGAACUUCACAGCAUGAAUUUUCUACAUACCGGUUCUCCAAAGACUUGGUAUGCUGUCCCUGGAGAUUAUGUAUUUUCUUUUGAGGAAGUUAUACGCACUGAGGCUUAUGGUGGCAAUAUUGAUCGCUUAGCUGCCCUGACUCUGUUGGGUGAGAAGACAACUCUUCUGUCUCCUAAAUCAAUAAUUUCCUCAGGCAUUCCUUGUUGUAGGUUAGUGCAGUAUCCUGGUGAAUUUGUUGUGACUUUUCCGAGGGCCUACCAUGUAGGAUUCAGCCACGGUUUUAACUGUGGGGAAGCUGCCAAUUUUGGAACUCCACAAUGGCUUAAAGUAGCCAAGGAAGCUGCGGUCCGUAGAGCUGCCAUGAACUAUCUUCCCAUGCUUUCACAUCAGCAGCUCUUAUACCUGUUGACCAUGUCUUUUGUUUCAAGGUUGCCGAGAUCCUUACUACCAGGUGCUCGGAGUUCUCGUCUUAGAGAUCGUCGGAGAGAAGAAAGAGAGUUGUCAGUAAAGGAGGCCUUUCUAGAAGACAUGUUAAAAGAAAAUGACAUUUUAUCUGCUUUUCUUGAGAAAAACUCCACUUGUCAUGCGGUGAUAUGGAACCCUGAUUUGCUUCCUUGUGCAAGUAAAGAGUCUCACUUACUCAACAUAACUUCUACUAUUACUACCUCACCAAAACAAAAUGCUUCCCAUAUUAAUUUCGAUGUAAAUAGGAAUUGCAAUGAGAAUGACCUGUUUAAGGAGAUGAGCUUGUAUAUGGAAACUCUCGAUGAUUUAUAUAUGGAAGAAGAUGAUCUGUCAUGUGAUUUUCAAGUUGAUUCGGGGUCGUUAGCAUGUGUGGCUUGUGGAAUCCUUGGUUUUCCUUUUAUGUCAGUGUUGCAACCACAUGAGAAAGCAUCAAUAGAAUUGAUGCCCGGCGAAGAGCCAGGAGUUCCAAGAAUUGAUAAUGUUCAGCCCUCUAUAGACUCUGAUAGCACCGGCAAAGGCUCUGUUUCAGAUGAUCAUGGUCCUGUCAAAGAUUAUUCUGUGCCUCUGAAGGAUCUUCCAAUGCCCACAGGGUGGAACACUUCUCAUAAGUUUUUGAGACCUCGUAUUUUCUGCCUGGAGCAUGGUGUCCAAAUUGAGGAGCUGUUACAGUCUAAAGGUGGAGCUAACUUGCUUAUAAUUUGCCAUUCAGACUAUCAAAAAAUAAAAGCACAUGCUUAUGCCAUUGCUGAGGAAAUUGAGAGUCCUUUCAAUUAUAAUGAGGUUCCUUUAGAAGCUGCAUCGAAAGAAGAUCUGAACUUGAUAAAUCUUGCAAUUGAUGAUGAAGAUCAUCAUGAAUGUGGAGAAGACUGGACAUCAAAACUGGGUAUCAACUUACAGUAUUGUGUAAACAUGAGAAAGAACUCUCCAUCUAAGAUAGUCCAACACGCAUUGGCAUUGGGAGGAUUAUUCUCUGACAGAAGUCUCACAGAUUUCUUAAACAUCAAAUGGCAAUCUAGAAGAUCUCGGUCAAGAAUAAAGUUAAAUCAGCCUUUCCAUUGUAAACCAUGCAAGAUUAUUGAACCAGACAAAGAUGAAAUGUCAGGGAAUAAGUCAGAUGGUCUCAUUGUCAAAAAAGAGGAAAAACUUGUUCAGUACACUAGAAGGAAGUACAAGGUAAAAAUAGAUUAUUCAACGAAUGGGCUUGAAGGAUGCUCUAGAAGGUGCUUUGCAGAAGAGGUUUCAGGAGCUAGUGGUGAUGAUCCUGAUAAAUAUACUGAACAAACAACUGUAAUUUACCCUUGCAAUAUUGGGAUUACCAGAAGUGGUUCUGCAGGAUUUGGUUUUUCUCCCAUUGAAGAUCCUGAAACGCUGCAUGAAGUCAAGGUGCUUGAAGCAGCUGGUGGCUUGACCUUGAAUUCUGCACCAUCACAAGAUGCAUGUUCAGUUCUCACUGCUACUGUUGCUGUCAAAAGUGUGGGGGGCCAUAUUGAGGAUCAACUGCUGAGGGAAUCAAAAAAUGCGAGAAAUAUUGGUAAUGUAAAAGCUAGUAGUACUUCUGAGAUAGAGCAUCAGAUAAAUGCCUCUGGAGGAACCAGUGAAAAACAGGAUUUUUACACCACAAAAUGCUGUAGGCCAUUCAUCACUGUAGCUAAUGAAAGAUUUGAAAUGCAGAGAGAGGAUCAAGUUUUGGGAAAUGUCAACAUGGGCGAGACUUGUAAUAUGGUUUCUGAAGGGCAACAGAGGGUCCUGGAUGAUGGCAAUGCUGCAGUAGACGAGGUUUCUGAUCUUGCUAACGUAGCAAGUUUACAUGUUUCUCUCCUCCCCAUCGGACUAAAGGCGGAUGUAGUUGUGGAGAAUUCUUUCAUUAACAAUGAGGUAUCUCCUCCUGUGACUUUGGAUGAUGAAGUGAAAAAAGAACUUGUGACUAAAAACAGAACUAAUGGUGACCAAUGCUCUUCAAGUGAUGACACAUUGAUGAAUCAGCCUACUGCCUCACUGGAUGAAAGAUGUGGUCAUGAGCAAGAGACCUGUGCUGUGCAAAAUAAGACGCAGAAAGAAGCUGAAAUAAAAAAUGGGAGUAAUGAUGAAAUCGUUCCGAGUAAUGUUAUUAGUGUGACUAAUCUUGUGCCUGUAGAUGAAAGUUCUGAAUUUCAUAGAGAGCUGCAUGCCACGGUCAACUUGAGCAAGGGCAUGACUUUUGAAAAUGGCAAGCAGCUGGUGUUUCAGACCACAAAUGAUUCUAACAAGGAACUUGUCUCAUGUUCUGUUGCACAAAUGGAAAUAAAUUCAUCUACUGCUUCAUCAGAAUUCUCUAAAUUUCAUAGGCAGGCCUAUGCUGAAAAUGAUUUGUGCAGUGGCUCAACUUUGGACACCAUUGUGCCACAAGAAAUUCGAACUACAGACAUACGCACUGUGGAGGAACUUGCCUCUAUUUCUGCAACCAUAAAUCAAGAACUUUCUGAAGCUUCAAAAGAGAUUUUUGCUAUUCAAGACUCCUAUGUUUGCAUGGACUUAGAACCUGAAGUAGAGAAGGGAAUUCAUUCCAGUGAUGGGGUGACUAGAGACAGUGAGGUGCAGAAAAAACACCAGGGCACAAGUUUGAUUAACGAGGACAUACAUGUUUCUGCUCGUGUUAUUCUGGUAAAUCAGCCGCCGACUCCUUCCCCAGUUAUAAAAUGUUCCAGCAUUGAUGACAGAUCAUGUGUUGGAGAAAGCAUGGUAACGUGCAACAAAUUUUGUGCAUCUCAGGAGAUUCAGAGCAUCGAGUCUGCUGUUGUAGACUCUAGACCAACUGCUGGAAAGGGAAGAAAAAGAAAGGGUGAAGUGGAGCAGCUAACAGAAAACAAGUUCGAUAGCAAUGACUUUAUUAGGAGUCCAUGCGAAGGAUUGAGACCGAGGGCUGGGAAAGAUGUUGGGAAAUCAGCUGAGGAGAAUCCAAUACCAAAGAGGUUAAAGAAACCUUCUAAUGUUUCAGUUCCUCGCUCAAAAAGGAAAGAAAUCACACAAAGAUCUUACAAGUGUGAACUAGAAGGUUGCUGCAUGAGUUUUGAGACAAAAGCAGAGUUACAGUUGCACAAGGGCAACCGAUGCACAUAUGAUGGUUGUGGUAAGAAGUUUAGCUCCCACAAAUAUGCAAUAGUUCAUCAACGUGUUCAUGAAGAUGAUAGACCCCUCAAGUGUCCAUGGAAGGGUUGCACCAUGUCAUUCAAGUGGGCAUGGGCUAGGAUUGAGCAUAUACGGGUGCACACUGGUGAGAAGCCAUACCAGUGCAAGGUCGAUGGCUGUGGCCUUUCUUUCAGGUUUGUAUCGGACUUUAGUCGGCAUAGGAGGAAAACAGGACACUAUUUGAACACACCUGACUGAAGAUUUGUUUUGUAAUCAGGCUGGCUCUGUACCAUAUGGAAAUGAGAUUGAAUUGAGGCCAAAGCGGCCUGCAAAGUCGUAUAAAAGCUUGAAUGUUGUAGGUUAGGGUUAGACUCAUCCCUUUGUAGCGGGGGCAUGCAUUCUUCAAUUAUUUGAAUUCAGUGAUAGUUGAAAACCCUUUUCCUGUUCCUAAUCCCAUGCAUCUCGAUCUUUCGAUACCUAUUUCUUUUGAAUAGGACUGAUGACCACAAGGGCAACGUGCAUGCAUAAUUAGCUUUAGAGGAAACUCUUUUAGAGAUGUCAAGCUACGCAACAUGUUGCGGCCUCUCUGGUUGGUCUAUUGGUAGGUUUCCUAGAAGCCGUGUAAUCAUGGAACUAAUAAACAAAUCUUAAUCUCC